AGGUUUUUAACAUCUCAAUAGGAUUUAAACCACGGGUGCCCAAUUUUGUAUGUUCUGGAUGCAACACGUAUGAAUACAGAUGCGAAUGGCCAGAGGUUUUUGACACUCAUUUGCCAACUGAGGUCACCUUUGAAUAUAAAAAUUACAAUCUGCUCUAUCCUAAAUGGUAUGAAUGUGAAAUUGAUGGAAAUGGAUGUGAUGUCCAUACGGCUGGUGACCAUUCUCUCAGAUUGACCAUCACUAAUGAUUUAGCAAGAGUGACGAGCUACGGCGAGUAUAACAAAUUCCUACAUGCCAGGUUUCCUGCACCCCGUAUUAUCAGGAUCGCCUCAUUCACCAAUAAAUUGGAUGUUUAUUGGACGCUAUCUGACUGUGGUAUUCAUAGAUUAACUUCAUAUGGAUUUAUAUUCAGUUAUGAAAAUCCCUCCACAGGGCAUGUACAGAAUAUAACAUUGACAUCGACUGAUGAUAAGCCCAAUCCGCAAGUAUUAGGGAGUAUGACAAGCAAUACAAAAUACUGUAUCAGUAUGGUUGCUUUUGUAAAAAGAUUUGGAAGUCCAAUGAACCUAGGAGACUGGUCUGAUAAAGUGUGUAACAGAACUUUGCCAACAGCACCAGAUGUGAUACUGAAUAUUGCAAAAAACUACACCAGUGUUCAAAAUGAAGAAAGACUGGAUGAGAGAGAUGUCACUAUCACAUGGAGUGUUAAUCAAAAUAAAAACAGCGAGCAGCCUUUCCAGGGAAUAAGUUCUUUUAAAAUUGAAGUGAGCCUGGAUGAUGAGACCCAAAAUGGAACCAACGCUUCUGUGUUUACCUAUAACAUUGAUGAUCGAUAUCUUUACCUUCUGCCUGAAGACAGGUUCAACUACACUAUUAAAGGCCUUUCCAAGCAUGAGAACUACACAAUCUCUGUAACAGCAGUCAAUUCCAAUGGAUAUUCAAACCCGCAGGAAAUUAAAGUGUCUGCUGUACAGGAGAAAUCAGUGAAAAUCUCAGGAGGUCUUGUUGCUGGGUUAUGCAUUCUCGUCAUCUUUCUCAUCAUGGCCCUUCUUGCAUUUGGAUUCCAGAGACUGAAGAACAAUUCAAAACCUAUGCCAGCGCCUGUAUAUCAUGGAAAUCUGGGCAACAUACAGCCGACUACCAUCGAGAAUGAGGUAUUUGAUGAACUCCCAUCAGUGUUAAAGGAGUCCCAGAGACGGCUUCUGAUGAGCAUGUCUAUAGAGUCCGAAGACUCUCAACUGGAAGACAAAGGCUACAGAACUUCCAGCACAGGCAGCAGUGCUUCAAGGGGAGGUACCUACCCUCCUGGCACACACAGUGGGAUGGUUGAAAAAGUUCCCCUUCUGGAGAUACCAUGCAUCAGUGGAAAUACCGACAAGAAUCACCCAUAUUCCGUACUGUCUCAACUGAUGCCUUCCCGACCUCCUAUUCAGAUGGCACCUGAUGCUGUGGAAACAGACUUGGAUUCUUUGUCGCCAGUAGGUGGACAUUACUCUUUCUCUGAAGAGGGUCUGUCAUUGGGAGGAUCCUCUGACUACAACCAGCUAGAGAGCACCAGGGAUACGUCCUUUCCAAAUCCUUACUACGCUAUGGUUGGUAUGGUUCCUGUGAGAAUUGCAGAUUCACCCAGAGAUUCGGGAUAUGCAUCCGUUAGAAUUCGGAAAUGCUCCUCAGUUGGAUGCGAUGACUGCGCUGAUGAUGAGAUUAGUCAACCUCCAACCCCAGCCCUACCUAAUUGUUCGUAUUUUUACUCCCUUUCUGAUCGUUCCAAAUCAGCAGGCCAACAUCCUUCCUUGGCACACUCUGAUCCAUGCACAGGUUUGCCAAUGUCUGAGAACCUAACGACGAUUGUAGAAGGUCCAGACCAUUAUGUUCUCCCGUCUGGAUCUGAAUCCAAAUCCCCUGACGCUUGUAACUCUGGUUACGUGGCUCAUGAUGAUGUAUUUUUGGGAAAGCCAGCUAUCACACAACAUGAAUCAUGUCAUAACGAUGACCCUUCUUCUUCUUCACAGUCAUCCCCAGAACAUGCUGUCAUCAUCCACCCCAAACCCCUUGAGAAUAUUAAAUCUCCACAUGAAUGCAUAGAUGACGAAUUCGUUUCAGAUUUAACCAAUGCCCCAGUAAACAUCGGAAGUGGUCCAUCGUCAGCGGCAAUUGAUAAUCUUGUCUCAUGUGGAGCCAGGAGUAACUCAAAGACACCUUCGGAUAAUGGGUUUGUUGACUGUCCACCCACCUCUGCCUCACCCAGAAUCAGACCAAAUGGCAACACUGGGUAUGUCACUGCUGAGGAGCUAACACCACUCCAGAUGUCUUCUGCCGCUGGAGACACCCAUCAGUCUAAACAACCCAUGCAGAAUCCUACAGUUGAGACGGUUCGCCCUGUUCCCUCACUGAAUGGAAACUCUGGGUACGUCCAGGCUGAGCAACUCUUGCCACUCAAAUUGUCUUCUGCUGCUGAAGACACCCAUCGGCCUAACCAGCCCUUGCAGAAUCCUAUAGGUAGGACAGUUCUUCCUACACCCUUUCAAAAUGCAAGUGGGUAUGUAGGCCUACCAAUCUCCAGGAAAAAUCCAUCAGGGUACAUAUCAGUGGAUGACUUAUCCAGUACUAAUCUAGGACUUUAGCAAUCUCCAUUGGCCCUGAUCCUGUACUUGGAUUUAAGCUAAGCUCUGGUCUAAAGUUACGGUAAUGGAAAGCCCAUUGUGACACUUAUCUCUAACAGUUUAGCUCAUUUGACACUCUUUUAGAACCGACUGGCAGUCAUUUCUGAAACAGUUCUCUUCAUCAUUAAACCAUGAGCCAAGAACCAAGUAAAGAUAAGAAACACAUGAUGUAAAAAAUAAUUUUGAAUCUUUUGGGCUUUCCAUACUUCAAGAAUGUUGGAUCUUUUCCUUACUUUAACUGUUCAUCAGAACACGGGCCUUUGACAUUGUAUUUUAAACAGAGAUGCCAUCGUUCAGGGCUUUGCUUAUUUUCAUGCUCUUAAGGCCACCACACACCUAACUACCCGACCGGUCGCCGACUGGCUUGCGACUGGGUGAGGGGAGAUGUGACGUCA